GUUUUAGGUCCCUGUAAGGAUGGAUGGACUCAAGGUGGAACCCACUGGAGCCACACUGGAGGGAGAACGAGUCAAAAGAGAAAAUGCUGAAAUGAUGCUAGCAGAGGAGAGAGACGGAAGGGGAGAUGACGACGAGAGCUUAGGGCGGCGGGAGGGAGACGGGGAUGAUGGGAGAGUGAUGGAGCAGGAUCUGGUGGAGGGCAGCGUUACCACGGCAGCAGCAGCCGCUCUAGCCUCAGCUGCCACAAAGGCCAAGCAUUUGGCAGCAGUAGAAGAGAGGAAGAUCAAGUCCCUGGUGGCUCUGCUGGUGGAGACCCAGAUGAAGAAGCUGGAGAUCAAGCUGAGGCACUUUGAGGAGCUGGAGACCAUCAUGGACCGUGAGAAGGAGGCUCUGGAGCAGCAGCGGCAGCAGCUCCUGUCAGAGAGACAGACCUUUCACACAGAGCAGCUGAAACAGGCAGAGAUGAAGGUUCGCCAGCAGAGGGAGCAGCAGGGGCAGUUGGGAUACACAGUGCAGCAUUCAGCCCCGCCUCCUCCUUCAGGCCAGUCCAUGCCCAAUCGGAUGAUGCCUGGUGGAGGAAAUGCCCAGGCAAUGGCCGCUCGACACCCUGGCGCUCCCAAUGGCAUGUACCCGUCCUCGCAGCCUGAUGGGAUAGCACCAGCUCAGCCGGGUGCUCCAGCAUCGAGUCACAGCUGAACUGACCAGAAAACAAGACACACAAACAUACACACCAGUCCUCCAUCAACCAGAACACACAGAUAACGAUAUUCAGGAAGAACUGUUAAGAAAAUGAAGUCUGAAAGUCUUCAGUAGCGACAUGUUUAUAGACUGAAAGACACACAAGCACAUAGACACAGUUGAUUUGUAUUUGGUCAACGGCUCAGUCCGUCUUAUAUCUGUGAAAUAUUUGUGCUCUGACGUCAGAGUUGAGAAAUCUGAAGAUUGAACUCAACUCAUUAAAGUUGUUUUACAUGAAA